AUGGAUCUUGACUUUCAUAGCACCAAUGAAAAUAGAAAGCGCACAGUAGAAGAUACGUCGAACACGGAGAUAUCUGCAUUGUACUCCCAGGACCCUCCGCCCCGCGUCCUCCGUCGCUACCAUCACCGGCAUCACAAUGCUGCUUCUGAAAUGUGGGGUCUAGACAUUCCCUCGUCUCGAACGGACUCUCCCCCUCGAAAUGACACCCAAAAGCGGCCAUUUAGCGUCUACAAGGCUAUUCUCCGGCACAAUAACCUCUUCUUUCAGUUUGCUCUUCGCCUGCCGUAUUCUUCCAUUAUCGACCUCUACGCCAUUGAUAAGGAGUUUCAUUAUCGCCUCAACAAGUACAGCGUCUCACUCAUCCACGACUAUGCCCAUCACCAUGCUCCUCUGGCCAGUCACAUCUUCAGCUGGGUGCUGUAUCCGCAACUAUGCAUCUCAGAUCCGAUGCUCAGGCCAAUGGAUGAGCGGCAGUGGCUAGCGCGUGAUGUGCCCGGCUUCCGCUGGGUCGGCAUGAUACUCUGGCGCCAGAAAAUUGUUCGAUCCAUCCUUACAAUCCUCAGCAUGGAAGGCCAUAGGGUACCUGCUGCAUGUGAAGCUACACUCAUGAAGUUUUGGUGUCUCAUGGAGAUGAAAACUACAAAGCUGCGCCUCUCUUUCCUUAAGGAUAAAGAGAUCUGGGCUGAUGCCGACAUCAUCAACUUUCAGCUUCUUCUUGUGAAGCUCGACAUGCGUUUUUCAGACCCUAUUCUAGGAAAUGGUUGUUGUCAGCUUGCGUCUUUGCUACUCGGCCAGAAGAGUUUAAGUACGCUGUGGAAGGUGCUGAGUGGCAAACUCAAGUUGGGCUACGACACGUUAAGUAGUAUGGUGGUCAGGACAUACCAUGCAGAUGAUCUUGAUGCACAAAUGCAUGCUAUGUUUCAAAAUAUGACGGACGAAGAGGAGGAUCCACUAGGUAUUUUGGCUCGUGAGGGCUGGCACAGGGACGGUGCCAAGAUGGAGCACGCCGUUGAUAUGGUCAUUGCUGAGGGCAUCCGAAGGGACCUACACGUCCAAAAGUACUAUAUGGAUUUUAUCCUCUAUGGCUUCAUGGAUGAGAGGACUGGAAAGAAUGUGCCUGUACCGAGACAGCUGAGGGGCGAGAAGAAUGUGAAUCUCCCAAGUGAAGAAUGGCCAGAAAAGAAGUUGAGAGAUGACACUAUCAAAAAGAUGGAUGUCCUUUUUGGGUUUGUCGAGAGCAAAAAAGGGGGUGCACUGGAUACCAGCACUUAG